AUGUCCCUGCAGGCUGUGGGUUGGCUGAGUUCCAAACUUGGCAUCAACAUUGACGGUCGCACGGAUGCAGAGGAAAGGACUGGGUCAAAUGCCUCCCCCUCCCCCUCUUCCCAGCGCCUGUCCAGCGCUGCCAUGACGUUGGACAUGUGCCUGCACAAAAUCAAUGAUGCGGUGUUUGGCCGCGACAAUGAUUUCGGCAGUGGCGGCGAGAACAGUUCCUUCACUGGUAGAAGCGGCGUCGGUGGGGGCAGCGGCGGAGACGAGGUGGAGUUGGACGAGAAUGGCCUCCCCCUCACAAAGAACUGGUACUACUUUGAUAAGGAGUUGAACCGCUGGAACGUGAGCCCUGACGCGCCCGCGCAUAUUAAAGAGGACUACGGGCGUAGGCUGAGAGAGGAAGAGGACGAACGAGAGGGGCGAAAUGUCGUUCCGCCGCCACCGCCGCCGCCACCGCCACCGCCGCCGCCUUCACUCGCGCCCCUGAUGCCUUCUGUGCCGGGGGAGCAUCCUUCCAUGUAUCGGCGAGGCAGCGCCUUCCCCCCCGGAGUACCGCCGCCGCACCAGCAGCAGGGUUCGCAUCCUCAAGGGUUAUUUGGCAGCCAACCGCCAGCGGGGGCCUCGCUUCACCGGCCGCAGUACGCCAUGCCAACCUACUUUGAGUUGAGCACCUCUGCACCGUAUGUUUCUACAACCCACCCAUCCACGCCGCACAAUUCUACGCAUCAAUACCCACAGCCCCAGCCGCAGCCGCAGCCGCAGCCGCAGCCCUCAGAACACCCACAAGAAGCGCAAAAUCGUCCGUCGCAGCAGCCCCAGCCAGGGCAAGACUUUUGCCAACAUCCCUAUCAAAGCCAAGGGGAAUACGCACAGUUUCAGCAGCAGAGCUAUCAACAACGUGAUCAGGGGCAACAAUAUCAACAACAACAACAACAACCUCCGCAGCCGCAGUCCCUAUUGCCCCCGCCAGCAACAGGCUAUGUUAUGGGUGGUCAGAACCACUCUUUUCCGCCUCCCCUUCAGGGUUCGAGGCCGGGCUAUCCUAAUCGGUUUCCUUCCUGA